AUGGCUGACGCACGCUACAUCUAUUUCAGCUCGUUCGUCGCUGGCGUUCUGGUGACAGUAGCUUUGACGGAAAUAUAUCAUCGUUACCAGCAACCCCAAUCGCCUACCACAAGAAAACAGUCAGCUACCAGACCAGGCAAUUCAGAGGACGAGAAAUUAUUGGCUACUGUGCGGCAUGGGCCUCCGGCCAUAGUUGAUGGUGUCGAAGGAUGCAUUGGCAAUACGCCAUUAUUUCGCAUCAAGUCGCUAUCCGAAGAGACUGGGUGUGAGAUUCUCGCAAAGGCUGAGUUCCUCAAUGGCGCAGGUGGUAGCCCCAAAGAUAGAGUGGCAUUGAGCAUGAUAGAAACAGCCGAGAGAGAGGGAUCUUUGCGGCCGCAUUCAGGAGACGUCAUCUACGAAGGCACUUCGGGCUCUACUGGCAUAUCUCUAGCGACACUUGCUCGUGCCCGUGGUUACUUGGCCCAUAUUUGCAUGCCCUCCGAUCAGGCAAUGGAAAAAUCGGACCUCCUCCUCAAACUAGGAGCAGUCGUAGACCGCGUCCCGCCAGCCCCAAUCGUGGAACAAGCAAACUUCGUCAAUAGAGCUCGCAAUCUAGCUCGAGAGCGGACUGCUUCAAACAAUACAUCACCAGGCAAACUUUCAUCAAAGAGCGGGACACAACUAACCACAACAGAUCCGACCACUGAGCCUGGCGCAUCCGCAGGACGAGGCUUUUUCACAGACCAGUUCGAAAAUGCAGCCAACCAUGCUGCGCAUUUCAAUGGAACAGGGCCCGAAAUAUACGCUCAAUGCGGCGGGAAACUUGAUGCUUUCAUUGCUGGUGCAGGCACUGGAGGCACUAUAUCUGGUGUUGCGCUAUAUCUGAAGCCUAGAUUGCCAAACAUAAAGAUCAUUCUUGCUGAUCCGCAGGGAAGUGGGUUGUAUAAUCGUGUUAGGUAUGGUGUCAUGUUUGAUAUCAAGGAACGCGAAGGCACCAGACGCAGGCCGCAGGUUGAUACGAUUGUUGAAGGAAUUGGGAUCAAUCGACAGACUGCUAAUUUUGAGGCUGGGCGGGAGUUGAUUGAUGAUGCGAUACGGGUUACGGAUACGCAGGCGAUGGCCAUGGCGCGAUGGUUGGUUGAGAAGGAUGGGAUAUUUAUGGGGAGUAGCAGUGCAGUAAAUUGUUUCGCUGCAGUCAAGACUGCCCUGGAACUUGGUCCCGGCCAUCGCAUUGUGACUGUGUUGACUGAUACGGGUGCGAGGCAUCUUUCCAAGUUCUGGGCUAUGGCAGGAGACGUUGGCGGGACGACUGACACUAAGUUGGAGGAUGUGCUCAACGCUUAA